ACGCAACACGGGGUAUCUCAUCGGGCGCCUUCGUGGUACGCAGCUCAGGUCCAACCAUCAACACGAACACGGAUGGGCGAAGUAUCUCUUCGCUGAAAUGAUCGCGACGCUGCGGCCGAAGACCUCCGGCCCUACCCCUUACCACGCAUACCGAACUCGUACAGCACCCGCCGAAUGUCUCGCGAGGUCGUCUCCGCCCAACGAGUCUCGCCACGAACGUCACUCCUGGCGAGAAUCUCUUGCGGCUGAGCAGCGGGCGCAUCGUGCACCCUGUCUUCCCUCUCGUACCCGACCCAUACACGAGCCCCGUAGAGGGAACGCGCGGCUCGUCAACCAGCAACGUUCGCCGAUCGUUGGGGAUAUAUACGGGAGCGCGACAACUGGCGGCUCGCACCAUGCGUGCUCCAUCGGACUGACGACUCGGCGGGACUCCUCCACGGGCUCCAGGAUCGCUGUCACGUCGCAACUGCUCUCGGCGCUGUCCCGUCAACUACGUGGAGAAUCCCUUUUCAUAAUUAGGUGUGCCGCCCCAUCUCCAAUAGUUGCUGAUGUGUCCAAUGUCUCAACUCGACGCUGUUUUAUGUUAUACCUCUACUGGUUCUCAUCGACCGAGACCUCCCGCCGCGCAGUACACACCGCGUGCGUCCCUCCAGUACUCCGCACUCGACGCCGACUCUACUCCACUUCCGGCCAUCCCGGGCGCGCUACCCCGCCAUCCCGAACUAGUCCAUCUCUCGUCGAGCGGAGGUUUUCGCAGCACUGCCGUUAUGUAUCUUGUACCCUCGCCAACUUGCCCUGCGAGCCGCUGCUCCUGUAAAUGCGAAUGUGGCUUGGUCAUCGCCGCCCUGGAUACCACGACGCUCGAGUUGAGUACACCUCGUCCUCCGGCGCGCCUGACUGAUGCUGUUUAGUAACCUCCGAGUCGGGGACAUCUUCGUAGAUAUCCAGCGCCGUGCUCGGGGGCGAUUCACAAGGCCUGACGCGUCCGGGCUGCGGGUACAGCAUGUGCGCUCGGCGACCCGCUCCUUGUGCAAGGUCAAUCAAAAUCCGUCCAAGGACACCCGAUGCGCCCUCCUGUCUCGACCAAGCCUCACUCGGGCCGUGGUACAGAACCUCCUACGCUACUCGACUUGAACUUGGUCCGCGCGUCAGGACCCACGGCCCGUGCUCACGCG